GUCUGUACUUCAGAGAAGCGGUUGGUUGGUGGGAGAGCAGUUGGACUCAGUUGUUUCUCAUACACUUGACCUUUACCCUGACCUGUUAAAUCUGGACAUACAUUGUGUGGGUCUGAAAUUUCCCACAAGAUAAAGUGGUUGAAAUUGAGCAAAACACCAUGGGCAGCCACAUGGAAGAGGACAUUCUUGAAAAGGAUUUCAGGAUGUUAAUAUCUUUAGGGUGUGGUUCAUUCGGGAAGGUGAAGCUGGCCUGCCACCUUCCCACACAUACACAAGUGGCUGUCAAGGUCCUUGAGAAAAACACCAACAGUGUGGCUGAGAUCAUCAAUGAAGUGAACAUCCUUCAGUCUUUAGAACAUAGGAACAUCGUUCGAUUUUUUCACAUGAUCGACACACUGACAACCACUUAUGUGAUUAUGGAGUAUGUGGCAGGAGAAGAUCUGGGGAGCUGCCUCAGGGCACUGCGCUGUCUAAAGGAGGAGGAGGCUAGAGGGAUUUUCCGGCAGGUGGUGUCAGCGGUUCACUUCCUCCACCAGAGACACAUCGCACACCGUGAUAUCAAAUUAGAAAACAUCCUAGUCGAUGCAGCAGGAAAUGCAAAGCUUUGUGACUUUGGUAUGGCAAUUGAAAUCACAGAGGGGCAGAUGUUGGAGGAGAUCUGUGGCUCCUUGCUCUAUUCGGCCCCAGAGAUCUUGGCAAGAAAACCCUAUGAUGGACUGGCAGGUGAUAUGUGGAGCUUGGGUAUCGUCCUAUAUGUCCUUGUCACAGGGCACUUUCCAUACAUGGAAGAAACCCUUGAAGGUAUGCACAGGGUCAUCACCACCACAAUGUAUCCCAUUCCCUACCAUCUGUCCAAACCCUGUCACUUCAUCAUUGCCCAACUACUCAUGGUCCCUACCUGGUACCGAUUCACAAUCUCUCAGCUUGUGGAACAACCAUGGCUGGGCCCCAUUCAACAUGUACUGCCUGCCACCAAAGAAAUCCUGCCCAGGGUCGUGGAGAUUAUGUGCACCAUCGGCUAUACCUGUGAGGAGAUUGUGUCAUCCCUAACUCACAGGCGAGAAGAUAAUCAUGUAACGGCUACAUGCAACAUUCUCAAACACCAACUGAGUUGUGGGGACAGCCAUCUUCAAGAUCAGGUGCCCUGGUUAACCAGCAGCCCUGCAGGUCCUGUUCGCCUUCCUCUCCCCUUGACCAGGAGAGCCAGUGAACCAGCAUUUACAACCAGUACACAAGCUGGGAAGGGUCACUUUAAGGAGGAGGGUGUGGAAGAAAGAGGCAAAAGAUGUAGAAGCUACACCAUGCCCCACACAUACUCCCUCCCGGACGAUCUGCCCGGUUCAGACAACACAGUCCCAGAAAGAGAUGCUCUUAUGGCCGAUGUCAUCAACACUGCUACAGGGGACACUGCAGUCAACAGGAAUUCUGUUGACCCCCUGCCUGGCAAUCUCUCCUCCCCUGAAUCAGUCUUGGAUGCAACACCCACAGGAUUUCUGAACCUGGACUUCUCUGAAGAAGAUUCAUCCCAAGAGUCAGACAUUCCCAGUGACCAGCCCCAGGUGGCACCCACAACAUCUGGAUCCAGGCCAUUCAGGGUCUGGAAACUGGUGAGGAAGCGAAUCUCCCAUGCCCUGAGAGCACUGUUCUGCUGCUGCUGCUGCUGCUGCUGCUGCUGCUGCUGCUGCUGCCUACCCACCCCAAGGUGA